AUGCAUUUAAAUUAUAUUUUGAGUCAACGAAAUGAAAAUGUAUUGAUUCACAAUAAUAAUGUUCACAAAAAAGAAAGAGACGGCGACGAUAAAAUUAUUUGGAAAUGUAAUGAUUAUAAACAAUUCAGCUGUCGUGGUCGUAUUCAUACACGAGAUGAAACUGUUAUUAAAUAUAUUGAACAUACUAACCAUGUACCUGACAUAGCUAAAAUUAAACGAAGAGAAUAUAUGAAUGAUUUGAAUAAAGUAGCGAAAACUUCUCAACUGAGUACUCAUGCUGUUAUUGUAUCAGUUGUAUCAAAAGUAAAAGCAUUAUAA